CAAUCGAUACCACUAUUGAACACAUUCAUUUAAAAACAAUAAUAUUUAGAAAGAAACCCAGAUUUAUAGUAAUCUAGACAGAAAAAAUCAUGAACAGAACAUCAAACACGGACUUUCUAAAGGCUCAGUUGGAUGCAGCAAAUGCCCAAAAUGUUCGUUUGAGUCAAGAGAAUGCUUCAUUGCGUAAACAGUUGCAAAGUUUAACCGAAGAGGAACAUACCAAUUCUUCGGUACACAUUGAGGCCAAAUUGAAAGCAUUCAGAUUUGAGGAGGAACGUGAUCGUAUGUAUGAGAAAUUGGAGAAGAUAAAGCGUAAAUAUAAUCAACUGCAUGAAGCUUAUUUGCAAAAGGUUAAACGUUGUAAAGCUUAUGAAGAUGUCUUCAAUCGUCAGAAGACUCUUAAUGGUCUGGUCAUGAAAUCAUCUAUAGAUCAAAGACAAAAAGAACAAGAACUUGCCCUAGAAAGACAUAACUCUAAAAACAACGAGAAACAUACUAUUGACAGUUUAGAGGCCCAGGUGGCAAAAUUGCAAACAGCCUUGGAUGAGGCAUACGAUAUAAUCGAUGAACUUGAAUUUGAAUUGGAAAGUGUGGAUUUUCUUGAAGUGGAAAAUCAACGUUUGCGAAGCGAGUUGGAGUCAUACAAAAAAGAUAAACAGAAACUGAGAAGAGUCAUUAACAGUAACCAUCCCAUGGAAUAUAUACAAACAGAAGAAAGAGAAACAGUAAAAGACAACUAUGACGAAGCGGCCGAAUUAAGACAAAGUGAGGCCGCCACAUACAAUACCGAUUCAAAUGCCUCGUCUUUAGCUGACUCCAUAGUUGGUGAUAUGGAUCCAGCAACAAUAGAAAGAGCAGCUUUAACAGAAAGUUUAAUGGAAACCGCUGAAAGAGAAGGCAAUAUUUUAAGACGUGAACUUUUACGAUCCCGUCUGCGUAAGGCUUUUCGUCCUGCCAUUAGGCCAACAAGUAGUGAUGCAUAGUGUUCAGGCCGUAGUCUAAAACUAACUUAAUAUAAGUUCAUACAUUCAGUUAUAUUUAAAUGUUUCCCAGUCUUAAAAAUAAAAACCAAUUAAGAAAAGUUU